GACCUGCCACAGCUCUACACAAAGCCUUCGGCCAAAACCCUCCUCACAACGCUCGCCGACCUCAGCUCCGAGCCCGUUUCCUGGGAAGCGACGCCAAGGAGCCAUACUACUCAUGGUUCUGGUACCUCCACACCCUAUCGCAAGAAGAAAAAAGUAAAGAGCGAAGGAUUACCUGGCUACUUGACAAAAAUCGUCUCCUCGCCCCUCGCCUGGAUUGAGGAUGAUGUUGCAAAGGAGCGCAUAUGGGAAGCUGCAUCGCAGAGACUGGGUGAGCGCAGUGGCAGAACCGCCAUGGGUGCGAUAAAGAGGACCUUCGUCAUCCCGCUCCAACCACUCCAGGACCGUAGCAUCGGGAGGCAUUCGCCGAAUGAAACAGAUCCACAUGUGCUCUGUCCCGAUCCGUACCUGGACCUGACUCUUCAUGAACCAGCGCUGACGGGUGACUCUCUGGGUCUAAAGACGUGGGCAUCGUCAUAUUUGCUCGCAAAACGGAUGACGCUUUUGCACACCUCACUUCCACCCCUACCGAUAGAUGCAACGGUCCUAGAGCUUGGAUCUGGCACCGGACUAGUAGGUCUUGCUGCUGCUGCAAUACUCUCUCGUCACGUAUUACUCACGGACCUUCCUGAUAUUGUUCCAAAUCUGGAACGCAAUGCAGAAGUCAACGCUGGCUUACUGCGUACACAUGGAGGACGGGCCACGUGCUGCGUUUUGGACUGGAAUCAGCCUCAAACCCUCCUCCUGGACGAUAAUAAUGCCGGCAAGGACUACGAAGCACAAGCCUUUUCCCUGAUAGUGGCAGCGGAUCCUCUGUACAGCUCUGAUCAUGCUCGCCUGCUUGUGAACGCCAUACAAUAUCACCUGAGCAGCCAGUGGCAAGCCAGAGUCGUCAUCGAGCUGCCACUACGUGAUGCGUAUGCUAGUGAACGCAAUGACUUUCGAGCGCGCAUGAACGCGAUAGGACUCCACAUCGUUGAUGAAGGUGAGGAGAUUGGCUACGAUGACUGGUCGUCACAUAACGAUGACGAACCACUGGAGGUUUGCUGCUGGUGGGCUGUAUGGGCCUGGCGGUGA